UGGGGGCGUCGCAGCCGGAUCUGCUGACGUCACACCGCGCGCCCGACGACGGCGGGCAGUGCGACGUGGUGUCGCCGGCGCCCUUGUCCAUCCUGCCGCCCACCACGCGCCGGGCCGCCCACAGCGAGACACUCCCGCGCAAGAUCCGCCCCGGCAGUAAGGACGCCCACGCCGCCAACACCCUGCUGGCGCGCGGGCGGCGGUGGCUGCACAGCGCCAGCCUGGGCCGCGCGGACCGCAAUACGGACCGGGGCGAGUCCGAGAUCAUGGUGCAGCCGGAGACGCUGCCGACGCGGGCCGCCCCCGACGACGCCGACCGCCAGAACAGCGACAAGAACAACAACAACACCAACAACAACACGGGCCUGCCGCUCAGCGCCCGCAAGAUGAACGCCAAGAACCGGCUGGUGGCGGCGGCCGAGGUCUACGGCAGCCUGGGCCGCGGCGGCGUCGAGGCCGAGUGGUGGCGCCAGGGCCGCGACCGCUCGCGCCGCCCGCGCACCUUCUACCUCCUGGAGGACUACCUGUCCCCCGUAAGAGCCGCGGGGGGCGUCGCGCCUGCGGGCGUCGUCCUCGACGAGUACGUCGGCCGCGCCCCGCGCCUCGUCUUCAGGGAGACGUCCCACGAGGCGCCCCAGCGCCCCGUGCCUCCCACGCCCGAGUGGGACACGCCCUCGCUCUCGCCGCCGCCCUCCAGCGUGGUUAGCGGGCAGCAGCCCACGCCCGCGCCGCCCACCGCGCACCAGCACCCCGCCCCCCCCGGCGGGCGCAGCCUCUUCGUGGACACCAUCAUCCCGUCGCCCGAGAAGAGCUGCGGCUCCAGCGUGUACUCGCCGGUGUUCUCGCCGCGGGACUCGGGCUACCCGCGCUUCGUCACGCCCGAGCUGGCCCUGCCCGAGCUGUCCGUGCCCGAGCGCGCCCCGCCGCCCGUGUCUGGCCUGCCCGCGCCCCCGCACUGCCACUACUCGCACGCCCACGCCCACAGCCUCAGCCACAACCCGCGCAGCCUGGAGCUCGACGACCGGAGGCGCACCAAGGAGUCUCGCAAGAGCCCGGCCCACCACAAGGACGCGGCGCUGCACAAGCUGGGGCGGACGGCGACGACCACGCGGCCGCCUCUCUCCAGCAAACUGCGGCAGAAUGGCAUCAUCACGGCGCAGAAGCUCCCGGUCCUCACCAACAAGAGCAACUCGUCCUCGAGGGUCAACCUUCCCCACGAGACCUCCUCCAGAACAGGACACAACACCUCCGACGGCGACUCCGGCGGUGGAGGAGGAGGUGGAGGAGGAGGAGGAGGAGGAGGCCCUGGCGGCGUCGGGGGAACUACUGGAGGUGGAGGAGGAGGUGGAGGCGGAGCGGGAUCCCUGCCGGUGCUGAACAACAACAAGGGGGAGAACAGCAACGAGUCGCCCCACCCGGCCAGGCUCCCCUCCAGCGGCACCCGGUCCUCCUUCCACGCCUCCGUCGACGCCAACGGACACGCGCUGCCCUUCACGCCGCAGGAAGCUCUCAAGCUCUACGGAGAGCGGCUGACGGAGUACGAGCGGCGGGAGAUCGAGGCCUACCCGGAGGUGUUCUACCUGGGCCUCGACGCGCGCAAGAUCCACGGGGAGGAGGGCGCCCAGCUCAACGGAGGCUUUGACGACGAGAACGGGAGCUAUAAUAAGGUCAUGCACGAUCACAUCAGUUACCGGUACGAGAUUCUGGAGGUCAUUGGCAAGGGGUCAUUUGGUCAGGUCAUCCGUGCCAUAGAUCACAGGUCAGGCGAACACGUGGCGAUCAAGAUCAUCAGGAACAAGAAGAGAUUCCACCACCAGGCCCUAGUGGAAGUCAAGAUCCUGGACCACCUGCGGAGACGCGACGGAGACCACCACCACAACGUCAUCCACAUGCUGGACUAUUUUUACUUUCGAAAUCACCUGUGUAUCACCUUCGAGCUUAUGGGCCUGAACCUGUACGAGUUGAUCAAGAAGAACAAUUACCAAGGUUUCAGCCUCAGCCUCAUCAAGAGAUUCGCCUUCUCCCUGGUGCAGUGUCUCAAGUUGCUCUACAGGGAAAACAUCAUCCACUGUGACCUGAAGCCUGAGAACGUGUUGCUGAAGCAGCGCGGGAGCAGCAGCAUCAGGGUCAUCGACUUCGGGUCCUCGUGCUACGUCCACCAGCGGGUCUACACGUACAUCCAGAGUCGCUUCUACAGGUCGCCGGAGGUCAUCCUGGGUCUGCCCUACGGCCUGCCCAUCGAUAUGUGGAGCUUGGGCUGCAUCCUGGCCGAGCUGUACACGGGCUACCCUCUGUUCCCCGGGGAGAACGAGGUCGAACAGCUGGCGUGCAUCAUGGAGGUCCUUUCGCUGCCGCCGCACCACCUGCUCAUCGCCGCCUCCAGACGACGCCUGUUCUUCGACUCCAAGGGUAAUCCCCGGUGCGUGACGAACAGCAAAGGCAAGAAGCGCCGCCCAGGGUCACGUGACUUGGCCUCCGUCCUAAAGUGCUCCGAUUCGAAUUUCGUCCAGUUUAUAUCCCGAUGUCUUGAGUGGGACCCGUCGAGCAGAAUGACCCCGGAGGAGGCGCUGCAGCACGAGUGGCUCCACCCGACCACCUCGAGCAUGUCCUCCUCGUCCGUCUCCGCCGCGGCAGGAGGAGGAGGGGGGGCGGAGAAGAGGGGCGGCGCCGUGAACGGAGGGCCGGUGGGGAACGUGCGCCGCCAGGGACCCAUCACGCAGGACUCGACCGAGGAGGAGAAUUUUAGUCUCUAUACGGUAUACAAAGGCAAGCGCCACCGGGACAACUGCGGCCUCGUGGCGGAGUCCGGCGCCAAGAACGACAGCAGUUCGUCGACCGCCAACUCGAACCCCGCCGCCGCCUCCUCCUCCAACGGUAACCAGGACGGCACCUCCACGGAGAAUUCCCUCGACGAUUCGGGAACCUUCCUCCCGCCAAUCCUAUAAAGUCGCAGGAUCGAUUAGGAGACGAGAGAGAGAGAGAGAGACACGAUUCUUUUUUUUUUCGAUUGGGAGACAGGGGGAUAGUUUUUUUAUCGAAUGGGAGACAGACAGACAGACAGAUACUUUUUUUUCGAUUAGGAGAAACAGAGGGACAUUUUUUUCUCGAUUAGGAGAAAGAGACAAUCUUUUUUUUUAAUUAGGAGACCGACAGACACAUUUUUUUUUCUCCCUCCCAAUAUUGUUUUUAUAGUCUCCGGUCUGACGCAAGAUAGAGCUUUUUCCUUGCUGUGUGGAAUUCCUCCCUUUGAAGACCGUGGAAGGUUUGCAGGUCGGCGGGAGCGGAACAAAUACCUAUGUAACUUGAUUUAGAGCAUCCAAGGUGUUUUGCAACGUGCUACAUGUUGCAGCCUUUUGGGUGGAGAAAUCAGAUAUAUAUAUAUAUAGAUAUAUAUAUGAUAUUAUUUUAUAAACAAUGGUGUUUACAGAUGAAUCAUCCUAUUUUAUGAAUGUAAAGUGACUGAGGACUGUAUUUAGUAAUAAGUGGUUAUAGUAUGAGAAAAAAAAACACAUUAUUUACUAGUACAGUGUUGACCUCCUUCAAGAGAUUUUGCCCUCGAGCAAAGUCAUCCAAUGUGCCCUAUGCUGUGUAUAGUACUAUAGUUGCAGUCAACCUAGGUGUGGCCCGUGCCCUCCUCUUCUUCAGGAUCUUUUCUGCUGAAUAAGUAGAUCUUCUCUUAUAAAAAAUACCCUUGAUCACUCGUCACUCCAACUUCUACAAGAUCCAUUCACACACACAGUAUCAAAACCAAUGGUCCCUCAUGUGAUAGAUAUGUAUAUCAUUUUCACGUCUCUCUUUUCUCUUUCUCUUUUCUCUUUUUCACUUUCUCUUUCUCUCUCACUCUCUUCUUCUUCCUCUCUCUCCUAUCUCCUCAUUCUUCCACACACACACACACAUACACACGCGCGCUUCAUCUAAACCCACCAUUCUAGCAGGCACGUCCCAGCAUCUUUAAGAGUCCUGGCGUGUCUGUGAAAUCCAUCCAUAUCACCCUUUAACACGACUUACAAUUCCGAACAAACCUCGUUCACCACAACCAGUCAAAUCUGAAGAAAGUACAUCAGUAUAUAGUAUCAAACGCUGUUAUUUCUUCCCCCCCCCCCAGUCUUUCCUGGUUAUUCCUAUUUAAGAGUUUGUUAUUGGCUUUAAACUCGGUAUUGUUUGUGACUUUAAGGGCUAUGCAACAGGCAGCGGUUAAGGUUGCCCCUUUUUUAUCCUUAGUGAUUUUUUUAAAAAACAGUUAUUUUAUUCUGGUGUUAUCUUGAGUUUGGAAAUAACAUUUUGUGCAUUGUGUGGUGAUGCAAUGUUGUAUAUGUCAGUAUCUUUUCCGUGAAGAUAUUGGUACAUUACUGCAAGACAUCAAAAGGGAUUAAAAUUAUAUUGUUUUAUGCUAAAAAUAUAUCUUGAUAUAUUAUUUAUACAUAUAAAAAUGAUGCUUUCAAACAACUUCUACUCUAGGGUUAAUGAAACACGUUUAAAUAGGAAUUUCUCUUGUGAAACUCAGCCUUAUAUUGGCUCUGUGAUAGCCUAACAUAUCUCCCAUUAAGCCUUACCAAAGAUAUACCAAAGAUGUAUCUUUUUAUAACUCAAGUCAAUAUCUUUGUAGAUCCUCGUUACCUCUUAACUGUGUUGUUUCAACCUUGGGUCUCCUGUAUAUUUUGCUAGAUUAUGUUCUUUGUAGUGAAAGAAUGUAACGCAAGGAAAAUUCAGUGUUUAAAACCAAGGGAAGUGCGGACCGAUUGGGCAGUGUGGUAUUUUCAUGAAGUAAGUCAGCCUCACCGAAAAAAAAUAAUACAAAGAAUGGGAAAAAAAAGAAUGAGAACGAUAUUAAUAGUCAUGAAAUUAUUGCGUUUUCAUUCGCGAGAGAGGAAAGGAAUGACAGAGAGGAAAAAAAGGAGUGUCUGAUGUGGGGAAAAAGUGGAAAUAUCCAUAAUUAUUAUUAUUUUCUUUUUUUUUCGUUGUGUUUGUACCUCGUUAUGUAAAGGAUUUUAGAUGCAUUUUUUGGAUAAUCAUAACGCAAUAAAUAUAACUCGUUUAAGACUACAAAGGAAUACUUUUCGAGGGAAUAUUUGAAGAGAAAAUAAAGAUCUGAAGUAUUUGACGCGGAAAUCAAUCUACGUUUAUGCUAUUUCCUUUAACUUUCACAGCUUGGUUUUAAAAAAAUGUUCUUGUUCAAAGAAUGUUUCGCGAAGAAAAUAUUUUAACGACCAUUCCAUAUUCUUCGUUCUGUUCAUAUAAUCAAAGAAUUCGAUGCUUCUUUGGCUGAAUCGAAGAAGACCCGAGCGUGUCAUAUGACUUGUGAAUGUUUAUCAAAGUACUUCAGGACUUUCUUUGAUCUUCGUUUCGAGAAUCUAAAGAAAUGCUCAAGAAGAUGCCAUUGAAUGUGGAAGAAAGAAAGAAAGAAAAAAGCAGUUGACAUUUUUUUAGAUAUAAUAAUAGACUUUAGUAAGGAUGUCAGUAACGUCGCAUCUAUGUUAAACUUUUAGAUAGACUGACAGACAUGAAUUUUAUCUUAUUACAUAGUCUAUUUUAGUUACAGAUAAAUUCUAAAAAAAAAAGAAAUGUGCAUCUGCAGUUAUGUGUUCGGACGGUGUCUUUGGCGAGGGCUUAGUUUCAACACUUGUUCACUUGUUGAGAUAACGGAACUAGCCGAGGCACUGUGAUGAACAACUAGUCCUUUUGUGAACAAUCUCUGGUGAUGAUGAGUGGACUAUCAAAGUCGUGUCAUUUGUAUACAAAAGGUUACUACUGAUUGUGAUUGUAUCAGCGUGCAUUCGGAACAAUCAGGGGAGUUGCUCUGGCGGGGGCAACGAUCGGCAAAUGGCGAUGGUUUUCUAGUUAAUAAAUAAUAAUAAUAAUAAAAAUAUGUGAUAAUUGAAAAAAAAGAGGUGAAUAAAUGAAUGAGAGAGACUCCAGUCUAUUUUUUUUUUUUUUUU